AAGUGUGUUGAAUUAGAGACGGUAGAAAAAGCAGAGCAGCAGGAGAUGGGAGUCACUAAGGAACAAGUCGAAGCUUCAUUGACGUCUACAUUGAAACCUUCACAUCUCGAAGUGAUUGAUACAUCUGGAGGAUGCGGUGCUAGCUUUGUUGUUAAAAUAGUGUCAGAGCAAUUUGAAGGAAAGAGGUUGCUAGAGAGGCAUCGGGCGGUCAAUUCUGCUUUGGAAGAGGAGAUGAAGGAGAUUCAUGCUCUCUCAAUAAAGAAGGCCCUCACACCAGAGCAGUGGAAACAACAGCAGGAGGCUGAAAAGUCUAAACCUGCUUAAACAUCGGUAUCAAAGUCUAAACUCUAAACUAUAUUCUAUAGCUGAUAAUACUGGAAACUAUUUGGAAAUGAUUUUGAGUAUGUUGGAACUCUUAAUGUUUCUUUACUUCGGACUCCUUAUCCCUAGCUACAGUUGAAUAUAUGCCAGAAUUAUCGUGCUUA